GAUAUGUCCCCUCAGAAUCUGAUUCGGUUUCUUACUACGUGCGGGCGCUUAAAGCGCACCACUCGCACUGGAUGGACUCGAUAUGACAUCGAUCAGCCUGAAAGCGUCGCCGAUCAUAUGUAUCGCAUGGCUCUUAUGGCAGUGGUGCUGCCCGCCACCGAGCGCCAUGAUGUGUCUUUGGAGCGUCUUCUAAAGAUGACCCUUGUUCACGAUCUCGCUGAAUGCAUUGUAGGGGAUAUCACGCCCCAUUGUAACGUGUCCAAGGAGGACAAACUUGCAAGAGAGGAGAAAGCUAUGAACGAGCUAUGUCAAUUGCUCCCUGACCUCAACGCAACAGAAGUUUUAUCCUUGUGGAACGAAUACAAUGCUCAGCAAACCGACGUGUCGCGUUUGUGCAAAGAUUUUGACAAGUUCGAUAUGCUUCUUCAAGCCUUCGAAUAUGAACAAGAAACUGAUCGUCGCGUCAACCUGGAUGAAUUUUUCCAUAGCACCAUAGGUACCUUUACCACUCCUUUGGUGAAAUCUUGGAUUGAAGAGUUGUCUUCUAUGAGGGCUGCACUGCACAAACACACUGAGUCUUCGUGCCACAAUUAGCGCUGUUUCAUAACCACUCUUAUUAAAUUCCCUCAUUAAUUUGUCCAUAAAACCAGUGCAUUUAA